AUGGCGUUCAAACCCGCCACGCUUGGUGCCUUGCCUCGGCUGUUCGCAGCCAACAGAUACCACACGACCCCGGCCUUUGCAUACCCGUACAAGGAUUCUCAAGAUAGGGAGUCUCUCAAACCGCGUUCAUCACAAAACACAAAAUCUGGCAGGGACGACGACGUGGCCGCAACUCCGAAGGCGGCGUUCGGGCGCGACGUGACUUCGCCCGAGGGGGAGCGUGCAACGGCUACGGAGGAGGAGGGCAGUGACCCUCUGGAAGUGAGUGGUGCGAAUCAGGCGCUGAGUAAACCGCAGGGAGAUGAGAGAGCUGGGCAUAACAUGGGUGCGGGAAAGGAGGUACGGAAAGGGGGGAGGAGUGGUGGUGGAGGAGCGCCGAAGAAGGGCGAUGCGAGUAAGCUGUAUUGA